AUUUAAUCAACAUUCCAAAUUUUUCACACCACAUUCUCAACCAAAAAAAUUCCAACCCCAUCGCCCCGACCCAAACCCCGUCGGCCGCCCCGUCACAUUCCCCGAAUUUCGAAAACCAAGAUGGUGUCACCAGCUGACAUUCAUACGUCAAAUUGACCCCGUUCCCUCCGUCAUAAAUUCAAGGAUGUUUGUAAAAUCAGUGAAAAAUUCACAGAGAUUGAAAAAAUAACCACUCGAAACCCGCAAAACCGCCAAGACCUCCAACCCCCGCAAAACUCCCUCGACGAGGUGACAAAAAAUAAAAUUUAUUAAUAAGCCCCCCCAACCAGCCCAGCAUUCAGGAUUCGUGUUUAUGUUGUGACAGAGAAAUUUUGCGCAUUAUUUUUAGAAACGCUUUGUCAUUUCCAACUGUCAGUUUUGAGCGAAGAUGUCUUUGAAACCGCGCCGUGUUGAUUUUAACCAAACUUGGGGGGCUAUCAGGGACACGAUCAAAGGGGUCAUCACGCUGGACCACGUGCCGAGGCCCAUAUGGAACGACCGCUUCUCGGACGUCUACUCGCUGUGUGUGGCCCACCCGGAGCCCAUGGCCGAUAGGCUGUAUGCGGAGACGAAGCAGUACCUCAUCGACCACGUCUCCAAGCUCCUGGUCCAGGUGCAAGAGGAGGGCGAACAAAGCUUGAUCAAAAGUUACUACCAUUACUGGUCGCAGUACUCCGUGGGCAGCCAGUACCUGCACAGUCUGUAUUUGUAUUUAAAUCAACAACAUAUAAGGACGCAGAAGAUGUCGGACGCUGAAAUUAUUUACGGCAGCUCGGACUCGUCAGGUGGCGAACAAAUGGAGAUCGGGGAGUUGGCGCUGGAAGUGUGGCAGUCUGGGAUGAUAGCCCCAUUGGGGCAGCGGUUGGUGAAGCUGCUGCUGGAGGCGAUCGGGGAGGACAGGACCCAGAAGACGUGCUCGAUACCCAUAGAUGCAGUGCGAGGCACCAUCUUGAGCUUUGUCGAGGUUCAAGGCUACAAAAAGAAAGGCCAACUGCAACUCUACCAAGAACUCUUCGAAGAGCCCUUCUUGAAAGAAAGUGGCGAACACUUCAAGCGCGACGCCGCCAAACUCCUCCAAGAAAAAAACGUCAGUUUGUACAUGGAACGGGUCAAAGCCAAAAUCGAAGAGGAACUUCUUCGGGCCAGACGCUUCCUCCACGCCAGCUCUCUAUCGAAAGUAUCUCAAAGAUGCGAAACCCACAUGGUCGCCGAACACUUGGAGUUCCUCUACAGCGAGUGCACGGCCAUGGUACAGGGCGAACGCAAAAAGGACCUCUCAAAUAUGUACGAUUUGCUCAAGAGCGUGCAAAACGCGAUGGUUCUCCUGAUCGAUACGGUCUUGGACCACAUCAAAACGCAAGGAUUGGCCGCUAUAGGUAACAUCGACACGGAGAAUAUUCAUAUUACGUUCGUGGAGAACAUGCUGGGGGUUUAUAAGAAGUAUAAGUUGCUGAUUCAGGAGGUGUUCAAGUCGGACCAGAAUUUCAUGGGUGCGUUGGAUAGGGCUUGCAGUAGUGUGAUUAAUCACAAGUUUGGGAAGCCGGUGUGCAAGAGUCCGGAGUUUUUGGCUAAGUAUUGUGAUGCGCUGCUGAGGAAGUCCAGUAAGGGAAUUAGCGACUCUGAGGUGGACGAAAAACUCGCCGAAAGCAUAACAAUCUUCAAGUACAUCGACGACAAAGACGUUUUCCAAAAAUUCUACUCCCGAAUGCUCGCCAAACGCCUCAUCCACCAGCAAACCCAGAGCAUGGACGCCGAAGAAGCCAUGAUAAACCGCCUGAAGCAAGCCUGCGGCUACGAAUUCACCAGCAAACUCCACCGAAUGUUUACAGACAUGUCCGUCAGCGCAGAUCUCAACAACAAAUUCAACGCGUUCUUGAAGCAAGACAACAUCGACCUAGGCAUCAAUUUUAGCAUAUACGUACUACAAGCCGGGGCCUGGCCUCUGGGCCAAACCGUGACCACGCCCUUCACCUACCCCAGACAACUCGAGAAAAGCGUGCAAAUGUUCGAAAAUUUCUACCACAAUCGCUUCAACGGGCGCAAGCUGACUUGGCUACACAAUUUGUGUCAAGCGGAACUCAAACUAGGCCACUUGAAAAAAUCGUAUUUGGUGACGAUGCAGACCUUCCAAAUGGCGACUUUGUUGUUGUUCGAGCAUACGGACUCUCUCACGUUUAGGGAGAUUAAGGAGAGCUUGCAGCUAACGUCGGAACAGUAUCAUAGGUAUGCGGCUAGUCUCAUCGAUUGUAAAUUAUUAAUAGCAGAUAGCACGGAGCUCAAACCGGAGACUAUUUUACGUUUAAACAUGGAGUACAACAACAAGCGGACGAAGUUUAGGAUAAACGCAGCCGUACAGAAAGAGUCGCCGCAGGAAAUUGAACAAACGAUGAACUCGGUCGAAGAAGACAGGAAAAUGUACCUGCAGGCAGCGAUUGUUAGAAUUAUGAAAUCAAGGAAAAUACUCAAACAUAACGCGUUAAUACAAGAGGUAUAUGCACAGUCGAAAGUCUCCUUCGCCCCCAGUAUUCAGCUGAUCAAAAAAUGCAUCGAGUCGCUGAUCGAUAAACAAUAUAUUGAAAGGACACCGCAUUCUAGUGAAGAGUAUAGUUAUGUAGCUUAAUUUACGAACUAACUUAAUUUAUUUAACUGUUUGGAAUGACAUUUUUUUGUUUGGUAAAGCGCUACCAGGAAAUUCAAAAAUUCUACUUGUAUUAUACGUGUAAAUAAAUAUUGUGUUGAAAAGUAAUCUAGCUCGAAUCAAUAUCGAUCUUUAUUUUGAUUCAAGUACUGUAUAUUUUAACAUGAAUGUAAUUUGCCCUUUGUGAUAAUUAAAUAUUACCACUUUUCAA